UCAAGAAUAGGCAUAUUUUAUGUAAUUUUCAUCCAAAUUUGAUGACGCAGAUAACGAGUAUUUUUAUGGAUUGACCCAUCGGUUUUUACAUAGACUUAUGUGCCUUGAUGUUCUAUAUCCAACGGUGAAAACCGCAGCUCUCUAUGACUUUCCCUUCAAAAGUUAUAAGAAUUCUGCCCAAGCGACUUAUUUUCAGAAAUGAAUAAUACAUCUUGAGACUGAAGAUGAGGGUAAUAAUGCAGACGAAAGCGUUGGCAUAUUCUACAGUCAGGCUGCCUUGGUGAACAAAUAUAGGGUGGUCCAUAAAUACCUUACCCCGAAAGAUUUAGGCUUAUAGAAUAAGAAUCCAUUGACGAAAAUACAUAUAUGUGUUAUGUACUCAGAUCCACCGGCAUUUGCGCGCGCGACAUUUCCGCGCCGACACUUGCGCGCAGCGACAUUUUCGCGCACGGCACUUACGCACAACACGAAAAUUUUUUUUCGAUGUUAAUUUAAUUAUCUGUGAAAUUUUUGAACCACUAUUUAUUGAAAUAAUAUUUAUGAAAAGCAAGAAUUAUACAAGUAAAGAAAAGGCCAUAAAUAAAUAAGAUUUACAACUAAUAAAUAGUAAAUCAAACAUUCAGAAAUUAUUCAGAAACGGCCUUUGCAAUUUCGUUUGAUACAACGUCAAACUAAUCUAUCUCGACGAUAACAAAAACCGUCGAGAAGAAGUUGGUCUUUACCGUUGAUUGAUUGAAUCAUAGACAUUAUUUAUAGAAGUUAUCGACAAGAUGUAAAUAUUAACGAAUAAUUUAUUUAUACUUAUGUUUCAUCUCCUACAUCUUGUUUUUAUUUUAAUUGUAUUGUAUUCCUCUUUAUUAAUUAAUCUCAUAAUCUUAUCGAUUUUUUUAUUUAUACAAAUUGAUGCAAUAAUGUGGAAACAGAACACUCUUUUUUAUUCACAUUGAUGAGUUCAACUAAUCAAACAAUAUGGAGAGGAAAAAUUCAUUCUAAUGCGCGAAAAUGUCGUGCGCGCAAAUGUCGUGUCACAAUGUGCUCAAGCACAUAUUGAGAAGAGAACAAAAAGAACAUUUAGCAUGAAAACAGUAAAUUUUGGUUCAUUGCUGCUUGAGUACAUAGCACAUAUUUGUGCUUUCUUCAAUGGAUUCUCAUUCUAUAUGACUGAAACUUUCGGGGUAAGGUAAGUGGUCAAAGAUGUAUCUGUAGUAUAAAUAUGAGCCUUAACUAACUUUGUAUAAGAAAUAAAGCGAAAAAAUACUGUGUUUCAUUACUUAUGGGCUGCCGGCUGUAAAAGAACUUGCUCGUAAUUUCUGAAAUAGUAUUGCUUUUCUGUAUUUAGCUAACUUAUUUGCUUGAAUCACUAUCUGUCUCUAGUAUUAGCAUAUUAAUAUAAUUAGAUUCUAAUGUUCGAGCUCAAAAACCUUUUGUUCUUGUAUUACAAAAUUUUCCGACUAAUUCUCGUAGACUGCAAUAAAUUCCGAUAGUCAGUCGUGUAUGAUCAGAUAUAACAAAUGAUCAUGAUCACAUGUUUUUUUUUCUUAUAGAAAUUAAGUGAAGAAGCAACACAAUUUAUUUAUACUGAAAUUCAACGUCAUAAUGUUUGAGCAAGUAUGCAAUUGAUCAUUAUCAAUAUCAUCAACAGCUAUAGUUGCACAUCAAUUAUCUAUAACAAAUGAAUUAUUUACUGAAAAUUCUUCUCAUGAUAAUGAAACAACAGCACUUGAAAUAGCUGCAGAGCAAAUGUGUUUAAAUUCACAAAAGACAUUGGAAGAACAAACAAUAUAUGCAUUAGCUAUUCAUUAUAUGAAAUUAAUAGUUUAUAGCAAAUUACCAUUAGAUAUGUCACCAUCAUCAAAUAUUCAACAAUCAAUAUAUAAUCAUGUAACAUAUACAAUACCUAAUGAUUCUGAUAGUUUAACAAGUGAUUUUUAUUAUAGUAUAAAUGAUUCAUUUAAGGUUAAACCUUUUUUCAAGAAGAUUUCGAUUCAUUGUGGUCUUUCAAAAGUAUCAGUUCGAUCUAUAGCUGCUAGUGUAAAUGUCUUCAAUAUGAAGGCUGUACGUAGAAAUUAUCGUGAAAUCGAUGAAGAUGAAGAUGAAUAUGAAGAAGAACAAGAACAAGAAAUUGAAAACGAUAAUGAAAGUGAUUAUGAAGAAGAAACACGAAAUCAACGACGUUCAAAACGUGUACGUCGAUUAAGUCCAUCAUCAACAAAUGAUAAAUC